CCAAAACCUAAAUUGAAUCGGGAACACAAAGAACACCUUCAAAAUUUUAUAGAUGAAAAUCCAUCUGCACUAGAUGAAAUGAUGGAUUCAUUGAUUCAUAAUCUUGAACAAAUGUCCGUUAGCCAAUCUACACUCUAUAGAUAUGUAAGUAAAGAAUGCUGA